AUGAGUCAUAAAGAAAAUGGUAAACAGUCCCAGUACAUAAUUAACAUCUCGCCGGAAGACGAAGUUAUCAUUCACGAAGGGGGCGCAUCUGAUCGUAACUCCGUCCAGGAGCCGGAUCAGGAACAAUCCCCACAGGACUUUGUCCAACAAGCGCUGCGUAUGCGCGAGCAGUACAUGAAGGGAUCGGGUGCGAGAGCUUCCACCCCGCUUCCGGCCAGCUCAUUUGUCGAGUACACGACGGUCAAGUACGAUCACUUUGGACCAAGUAAGUCGCCUCCAUCAGCUGCACCAGCUUACCAUAGCAAACCUGUUCCGUCGAAGCCUCAUCAUCCUGCACAACCACCACAGUCGGCAGCACUAUCGGGUCACCAAGCACCACAGGUCAACUACCGACCGAAACACAUCAAACCGAAGCCAACCAAAAUCCCAGUGAACACGGUAACGCCAUUCAGUGACAUUGAGCUACCAGAGGCCGAAGCCACCAGUCCCUACCGAAAGGAGAAACUAAAGGAACAACCUAAGUCUCCGAAACACAAUCCACUCAAACAACAGGACACAGAAGCAUCCACACUCUACAUACAGAAAGUCAAACCCAUAGAUCCUGUUUACACCAGUUACAACACUCAUCACGAUACUGGCAGCAGCUUCAAAGAGUUUCAGCAAUUGCCUCUCACUGAUUCCCAUGGAGCUAGUUCUGUGUUGAACAUACAGAAGGUAAAACCUCCAUCCAAUCAUAGACCCAGUUUCCAUCAUGAAGACACCAGAUCAGACUACCACGAGAAAAAGCACAAACAUAAGCACAUAUCAUCCGAAGAAAUUCGCUACAAACCAAAGCACAAAACACAUAGUCAUCAUCACCAUGUUGAACAGACAGCUGAAUUCUUUCCGGAAAAGAUUCGCCAUACUGUCGAACGGCAGUCACCAAAACUACAUCAGGAAUCGCCGGCAGAGUCGUUUGACAAAUACUAUCUACCAAAGGCAACAGUCAAAGAAGUUAAGCUCGAGCCCGAACCAGCACCAUCCGUAGAAUCAUACCGAUAUCAACCACUCAAAAGUUAUCCUCCAGAGGAAUCCCACAAGUUCAAGUUCACCAAAGAAAUAUCCAGCACCCCCGAACCAUACAAGCCAUAUCAUCACAUCAAAACAUUCACCGAAGACAAACGGGGUAUGAAGGAAGAACAUUUCCGCCAUCAGCCGUCGCCACGUCCUCAUCACUACGAUUUCCCUAGUCCUUCACAGAAACCUCAUCAUGCUGAAAGACCAAGCGCAAAGCCGAAAUACAGCGAAUAUGUCUCUAAAGAUGAUAACUACCCUCAAUCGUUCUUGAACGCACAUCAAGUAGAGACCCACGAAUCAUACAAACCAACAUGGACAAAGACAGAGGAAUUAUCCGAUAAACAUCCAGAAGUCGUCAAAAUUGGCCCUACAUUACCCCCAAAGUACUACGAAGAGCCUUCUCCUGCUCCAAGCUAUGCUAAAGUAACCACCUACCCAACCCAAUCAUCGUCUAAUUCGCAACAAGUUUACCACCGAAUAAAAGCGCCACAACCAGGAGAUCCGUACAAGUUCAAACCGAGCCCAACUCCGGAAAUCUCCAUUGCCAGCCACGGAUUCCAGAAACCAACCUCUUCCAGCUUUCCCAAGUACAUCCCCACAAAAAUGCCAGAACUGGAAGAUCCUAAAACCAGCAUGAAAUAUUCUUAUCCCUCUUCCGAGUCUAUUUCGAACUAUAUUCCAUCGUCGACUCAAGAACCGUUCAGUGCUUCACCCGAGCAUCCCAAAGUAUUCUCCUUGGCACCGACCACCUACACACCCAAAUACGCCAUGUCACCCACACCUGACACCUUCGAUUUCCCACAUAUGAGCGAAGCCCCGAAGUCUUUCUCCAAAUACAGUGAACCAACCCCAUCUACAAAGGUCUACGGCACCAUAGUCCCCUCUGAACAACCAUUCAAAACCCUCAGCACAAAAAUCUACAUGAAACCCUCCCCAACGGAGUUCUCGUUUACCGAGCAGAAGGAAACCUCCAUGAAACCCCUUCAAAAUCGCACCACCUCCGUUGAAUUCUCACCAUCACCCAGUGAAGACCCUCAAACAGAGUAUUACACAAACCCGGAGCUUACCACUUACUACGUGUUUGCCAAUGGCACGGAAAUCAAGCUUGGAAACGAUCCGUCUAAAAUUCCUCCGGAGUUCCGUGUCACUCCGGGAGACUCAUCGUUUUUCAGUUCCAACUAUUCCACCAAGUUGGCCGAAGACUACGCUAUGAAGUUCAAUUGGGACAGCAUUCCAUCUUCCACGAAAGAAUCAGAUUUCUUUGUUAGCCCGGAAAACGCCGUCAAAGAGGGCAAAAUGAAGUUCCAGAAAUCGAAAUUACCAUUGAAAUUUUCCAAGCAGUUGAAACCGAUUAAGACGGUUACAAUCUAUAGGAACACACAUCGGUCAGCUGACGACACCGAGAUGGAAGGUGGAUUCGAACCCUCGGAUCACUACUUCAAGCAAGGGGCCGACGUUCCACAAAUCAGUGACAAGCGCGGCGAAGUUACAGAUGACGACGAAGAUUUCUUCUUCGCCAACGGAGAGGUCAUUCUUCAAGAUGACCCCAGUAAGGCCUCCAAGAAGAAUUCAGUCUUCCUUCCACCGGGAUUGGAUAAGGCUCAGAUGAUGCUGAAGAUAGCGCAACAGCAGCAACUUCAGCAGCAACAUUUGCAGCAGCAAGCUUUGCUGCAGCAACAACUGCAACAUCAGCAACUUCAGCAGCAGCAACUUCAACAGCAGCAACUUCAUCACCAACAACAUCAAAAGCAACCUCAACAACAACCAUUGCAACAGCAACAACCACUACAGCAGCAUCAUCCAAAUUCGCUUCAAGAUCAACAGGUACCCGAUAUGGACAUGAGUGCUGAACCUUCGAAGAAGCAUCAGUACUUCGUGUUGUAUCACAUUGAGGACAACAAAAAGAAACCUCGACCUACACCACCAACAACCACUCAGGCACCAACCCCUCCACCAAUGAAACAAGAAAUCCACUACCACUACAGUGAAAAGGAGAACGAAGAUCCAGAGGUAACACAUGAGCAUUACAACUACCACCAUGAGGAAACGAUCGAGGACUUGGAUGACGAUGUUCAGCAUCACUACAUCAACCCGAAUGCCGGAAAGUUCAACUUCCGUCCGAACAUAGCGCAUCCGUCAUACAAGUACAGGGACAAUGCUGGAGCCGGUAGCGAAACAUCAGUGCGAGUGGUAGAUCCAGAUUUCAAACAUGGCCGCCCUAUGGAGAUCACCAAGCAAGAAUACAUGCGCCACGUGCAAAACGCCGUACUGAAGUACAUGAAACAGUUGCAAGAUGAAGGGCGGCUGCCGGUGGUGGGUCAAGACGCGGAUGAUACUCAGAAAACUUUCGAGGAAAUUGAUAUUGAAGCACUGUUGAAUGGGAAUAAUCCGAAACAUAAAUUCCAGCUGAAUCCAAAUCCCGUCAAACCAGCCAGUGUGCCGAUGAAUCCAAGCCAGUACAAACCGAUGAAAACAGUCCCAAGUUCAAAUUCAUAUAAAUCUCUGGCAAAUCUGAAGAUCCCGAAGAACACGUUUCCUGCAGGAAAACCUCUGAAGACGGCCAUCGAGAGUCUGCAGGAGCAGCUCGGCAACAGUGUGGACUUGACGGUGAAAGGUACGAAAGCUCCCUUCAAACCAGAUCUUUCGGCAAUCGAUGUCGGUCAGUCGUAUCUGCACGGCCCUAGCUAUGAGCCACCAAUCCCAAUCAAAACCGCCUCGUCCAACUUCGACAAUCCAUCCGUGGUGAAGAUUCCUGCGCAGAAAACCAAGUUGCACUUCAACCAGCAGACAUACCACGACAUCAACUCGCUGACAAAUUUGAAAGAAACGCAAAGCCUGAAGGCUACCUCGCCGUACUCAUCGAUCAAGGGUGGAACCGCCAACGUGGGUGCCUCGAUCAGUUUCGGUGGUGCCAACAAGGUAAGCACCAGCCACGCCGAGGACAUCAAGUUGGGACCGGAGGCGCUUGAUGCGCCUAUUCAGAUCAUCAACGGCAUCCCAGUGACGAACCCCUACAACAUCGAUAUGAACACGCUAAGGUACAUGUUGGGAGGUCUGGCCCAAGCUCAAGCCGAGCAGAAUCAACAACCGAUCAAGCAGCAAGAACCGACCCUCAAGCUGAAAGGAUCCAACUGGAUGUCGCUUCCAACGAUGGCCAGUCCUGCGCAGAUAUUCAACUCCAACAUGCAGACCUUCCAUCACGGACCUUCCGAAUCGAGCAACUACAAGUACAACUCAAACUUCGACGGCAGCAAUUUCAAGAUCAAGAUGCCACAGAAGGUGAAAGACUACGGCAAGGCCAAGCCCGUCGGAAUCGACUCGAUCGGUAGCACCUCCAUGAACUACGCAUCUUGGGGUGAACCUCCGCGUCAAAACCGCCAACUCGCGCAUCUUCAACAGCAGCAACAACAACAACAGCAUCAUCAUCAUCACUCGCAUCAACAGCAACAGCAAUCCGGGCGACCUAUUCGGGAAUUCAACCCGGAAGUGUUUCUGAAUCCCCAGGGCCAGUACAUGGGUCCCGUUAUGAAGAAGAAAAAUGGACCGGUCGAUCGUCAAAGUGUACCCAGCAAACCUCCAGUGCCAGCGAACAAAUCUAAGAAGACUAGUCUGGACACCAAUCUGAGGCCACCACCGCCGAGAUAGAGGUUUGCUUAAAUUGGGAGGGAGGUUGAAGAAUUUUCGACAGCAGUUCUGAAGGUAGUCGGAACUGAAGGGGGUGCGCGAUAUUGCGUAGCGUAGGGUCGCAUUCGUUGGUGAUCCUUAACUUGUAGAUAGGAUAGCUAGGAUUAUGAAUUUAGGAUGGUGAUCAAUUGAUGAAGAUGUCAUAUCAAGAAGACUGGAAACCAACAAACUUAGUUAUGACAUACUUCAAGAUGUUUUGUCCGUGCUUUGAUACAGUUUAUCCGAUAUGUAGUUUUCAUUGUUGAGCUGUCUUCGUGAGAUUCAAGCUCGAUAGUCACCAAUUUAGAGAUUAUUGAAUUACUUAAUUAUAAAUGUAAGAAAAUUUCAAUCUUACUCUCUCGAUCUGAAGCAACAAAUUUUAGCUGUUAUUUAUUGAACCGUUACUAAUAAUUUAUUGAAAACUUUUAUCAACUGUUAUAUAAUGAUAGGAUCACACAUAUAAAUACGCCGCUUUGGAGGACACGAACAGAUUCUAGCGAAAAUAAACAAGACUUCCCAAGUAUUAU